UUUUCCUUUACAGUUUCUCGACAAAACAGGACUGUCGUUAUUCAUUACUUAAUUGUAGAUUUACAUAUCGCAAAUAUGUAAUUCAAAGUUUUAGCGUGUUGUUUAAAAAAUUAAGAUAACUGAAGGUUUGCUGUGCUUAUAGAGACACCAAAGACAAUCGUUUUAACUGAUUUCUUCCCUAGGUUUACUGACAGAAAUUCCGACCCAACCAUUAAAGUCAUUGUAUAAAUGAUCCAUAUAUUGCAUUCGUAUUUGAAAUGCUCAGGUGUCUUUUAACAACUGUGAGGGGAAAAACGUUUAAGCCUCAAGUAGCAGGUUCUAGAAUGAGCAUCAAGUUCGGUUGAGGAGAUGCGGAGAGGAGAGUGGUCCAGCCGUGAGUCACAGCCGUGACGCAGGCAGAGAGAAGGACAAGGCGCAGCAUCCUCUCCAUCCUCCAUAGCACAACAACGACUGACAAAAGAGUGGAAGAGAAAUCGCGAUUUUGAGGCUUGUUAUCAGGCCCAAACACAUAAGCAGAAUGACUAAAGAGGAAACUUCUGAGGUGGAAGAGGCCCAGCCGGCCUCUGAGUUCAUCAGCCCUGCUCAUGAACCCCGCAUGAAACCCAUAGUGCAUCCAUCUGCACAGGCUCCACUGCCCAAGGACUAUGCGUUUACCUUCUUUGAUCCAAAUGAUCCGGCCUGCAUGGAGAUUCUGACAGACCCUCGGACCACAAUCCCAGAACUAUUCGCCAUUAUCCGCCAAUGGGUUCCACAAGUUCAACACAAGAUUGACGUCAUAGGCAAUGAGAUAUUAAAGCGAGGUUGCCAUGUGAAUGACCGUGACGGCCUGACGGAUAUGACUCUUCUCCACUACUGCUGCAAAGCAGGAGCUCACGGAGUGGGUGAUCCUCAGGCAGCGCUCCGGCUGUCCAGUCAGCUGAUAGCUCUGGGAGCUGAUGUGAGUCUGCGCAGUCGUUGGACCAACAUGAACGCCCUCCAUUAUGCGGCUUACUUCGAUGUGCCAGAACUGAUUCGUGUUCUGCUCAAAGCCUCCAAGCCUAAAGUGCUCAACUCCACCUGCAGUGACUUUUAUCAUGGCACAGCCCUGCACAUCGCCGCCUCCAACCUCUGUCUCGGUGCUGUCAAAUGUCUGCUGGAGCAUGGAGCCAACCCUACUGUCAGAAAUGAUAAGGGUCAAGACCCUGCUGAGGUUGUUCCUGACCCCAUGGACAUGAGUCUGGAUAAAGCUGAGGCCGCCAUGGUGGCUAAAGAGCUGAAACAGUUGCUGCUGGACGCAGUGCCGCUCAGCUGUAACCUGCCCCGCGCCACCCUGCCCAAUUAUGACAACAUCCCCGGCAACCUCAUGCUUUCCUCCCUGGGUCUCAAACUAGGGGACUGUGUGGUGCUGGACGACACAAAGGCUGGCACCCUCCGUUUCUGUGGCACCACUGAGUUUGCUAGUGGGCAGUGGGUUGGUAUUGAGCUGGACGAGCCGGAGGGCAAGAACGACGGGAGUGUGGGUGGGAUCCGCUAUUUUAACUGCCCCCCAAAACAAGGCAUCUUCGCCCCUGUGUCAAAAAUCAGCAAAGCUCUUGAGCAGACCCCCUCUUCAGUCACCUCCACGCCAAAAACCCCUCGCAUGGAUUUGUCUCGUGUAACCGGCAAGAUUAAGAAAGAGAAAAAAGAGAAAGACCGUGAAAAGACCCCAAGAAAGAAGUCUUUGUCCGGGGUCAGUUUGGAUCCUGAUGGAGUCAAGGUUGAAGUUGGGGAUCAGGUGUUGGUGGCAGGCCAAAAGCAAGGGAUUGUCCGCUUUUUUGGCAAGACAGACUUUGCUCCUGGAUAUUGGUUUGGUGUGGAGUUGGAACAGCCCACUGGAAAGCAUGAUGGCAGUGUAUUUGGAGUGCGUUACUUCCACUGUCUGCCCAAAUAUGGGGUUUUUGCACCACCAUCCCGUGUUCAGAGAAUUGCAGGGCCCAAAGAUCCUCAGGGUGAUGGGACACUAGUGAAGAAAGUCCACCAGGUGACUAUGUCUCAGCCGAAGCGUAAUUUUAAUGCGAUCCGUUCUCCAAAAGACAUAACAUCUGAAAGUUCCAUAUCCAGCAGGUUGCUGUUCUGUUGCUGGUUUCCCUGGAUGCUCCGUGCGGAGAUGCAGUCCUAAAUCCACUGGUUACAUCUUUAAUUCUAUCUCCCCCUCUUUUUCUGUUCCUCCUCAAGAUAAAAUCUCGCCCACUCUGUUUACUUCCAUUAUUCGUAUGUGCUUCUCUCUGUGAAGUACCCAGACUGCUGUCCCGCCCCUUUGACGGCAACUCAUUAGCAAAAAAAUAGUGCCUUGUCAAGUAACUAACGUCCUGCAUUCCGAUGAUUGAAUUAUAGACAAACAAUCUUUUAUGAAAUCAAAAUAAGGGAAAAUCAUUCCUACUGAAAGCCAUUGGUAUCUCUCUAUCUGCUCGGGGUUUUUUUUUGCUAAACCACUGUGGGUAGAUUAUUGGCAGUAUUCAAACUUGAUAAUACAGUCAUAAUCCACAAAUAACUAGGCUUGUACGUCUAUUUUAAUUUGUAAAGGUGUUUUUUUGUUUUGUUUGUAAACAUGCUGUUGUAUUAUGUACCUUUGCUGUCUUACUUUACAGUAUUUUAUAGUAUACAGCCUUUGUUUCCUAAGUUUCAAAUGCCUUUAAGUGAACUAGUAGGUGACAUAUUAUUAGUAAACAUAAAAAUGUUUCAUUGUAACUGUAGUCUGAAAAUAUUGAUGCUGCCAAUGUGAAAAAGAAGAGGGUUUUUGUCAUUGGAGCCUAAUUCUUUUUUCAUCUACAGUGAAACUGUAAGCAUAUAGCUUAAAAUAUAUUAAUAUGUUGCAUGAAAUAAGCAGGCAUGGGCACGUUUUUAGGUCAUAAACUGCUCUGAAAUGAGGUGAGAGGCCUGCUUUAGAUAUUAUAAGCUAACAAAUAACAUUUCAUUUAAUUAAAAUCAACCAAAGCGCAAGCUCCAUGAUAUAGCAAAAGCUAAAUAAUCUCUUACUUCAGAAUAAUGUACUGUUAAGAACCACUUCAAUAAUGCAACACUUGAGAGGAGGCAUGUUCAUUCUUGACCUUUCAUAAAAACGAGGUGACGAUAAGCAUUCGUUCAUUUUAUAAACCCAAAUAACCAUAUGAAUCACAAUCAUGUUUCUCUCACCCAAAAAAAAUAAAUAAAACUAAUUAUAGUUCAUCUAGUAUAGUUUAAAGUGAAGUACAGUUUAUAUUUGAACAUAAAUCCUCAUCUAUCGUCUACAGAAGCUGUUAGGCCAGACUACCUAUUCCUUCUCUCUGUUUUCACUCGGAUCAGUUUUGUAAAUGCUGUUCUUUAAAAUCCUGAUUGUGAAAACAGUAUGUGUUUAUGAUAUCGUAAUCAAGUGUGUGGGUAAUAACAGCAAUAUUUACUCUGUGUCAACAUGCUAUAUGAAUAUGGAUAGAAACUCUGUCUACUUUAUUACCACCUAUGGAAGCACAGCAUGAGUAAAAGUGUCUGUCCCUAAUAGAUGACCUGGGAUCAGUUAACAAUAGGUGAAAUCACUUCAGUGAUCCCAGAGCGGACAGAUUUUGUCAAGGAGAGAAUAAAAAAACAACAGCUUGGCUUGUGCACUCUCCUUUCUUGUGAACACUUGGUCAACUGCACUGAUUUACAAAAAAGAACAACUUACAAAAUUGAAAAUGUACUGCUUGAGCAGGUCUGAACAGCUUUUGAUUUCUUCAGCCGCCUUGCCAUCAUUUCAUUAAAGAACAACUGAAUCUGUGUGGUAGGUUUAGCAGUGACACUGUAGUGAGCAGAAUAGUGCAUCUUCUAAUGGAGUGCAAAGGUCAGCUCACAACAAACCUGAAAUUGUGCAUUAUCAUUUUGUGACUUGUAGAGUACAGUAUAUUGUUUUGUGGUGACUUAAAGUUGUAGAAAGCAUCAUUUACCUUAAUUUCAGGACAAGUCACACAUUUUUUUAUGCCAAAAGGAGAGUAAAAGUAUGACUGUAAAUUGACUAUUUCAUAUGUAAGUAUCUCGCACUGACUGGCUCACCCUCCACGCUUUCAGAGAGUUUCAAUGUGACAUCUAGCAUUGUCAGCAAAGCUUUCUGUCAUUUUCUAUCCAGUUGUGUAAUUGGUAUAGUUCAUUUGUAAACAUUUAUUCGUCUGAGAAAAUAUAUAUUUUAAUAAUUUCACAAGGUACUUUUUUAAUGUCCUGUGCUUUGUUUUCGUGUUAACUAUACUCUGUAAAUCAGAUUAAUGUGGAUCUUAUCAUGAAUUCGGUUUUGGAUUUGAUGGACAACAUAACUGUAGCCUACUGCAUGCUGUGUAUAGACCUACAUUUGCAGGUUUCUUUUUCCUACAGUAUAUCAGCAUGAAAAAGCUUAUUAAUUAAUUCAAGUGAAACUCAAUCCUGACUAUAUGACUAAUAAACAUUAGUGUUUUA